CCCUCUUCCUAUCCCCCCACUAUCCCGGCCGGAGUCUUCUCCCCGUCCCUAAGCUGGGGGGUGGCGAGGCAGCAAUCCCCAGGGUGGGAGAAAACUCAUCCCCACUUCCUCCUUGGGAAACUGAGGUCCAGAGGCGUGGCUUGCCCUGAGAUCACACCAAGAGUCAGGACUGCAGCCAAAACGGGGGGUGUGUCCUGCUCCUCGGGCAGGGGGCUCUGGAGAGUGGGAAUGGUGAUCCCUCAAGCCCCUCAUUUUGCAUCACCUAGACCCCCACCCCACAAGCCAGUGCUAAGAGGGGAGCGGGUGUCCGAGGGUCAAGCCCCCUCCCCCUACUGCUCUCCAACCCGGACUUCUUCCGGCUUCCUGGGCCAGCCAGUGCUGGGGUUCAGAGAUGCAGCCAGCCUCACAGCUCUGGUCAGAGAGGGGGGGACCCACGGGGGACCCACCCCGUGGUCCCCCAGGUUCUCAGCAUCUGGAGCCACCUUGGCCCUAGACCCUCGGUGCCCCAGGUUUGAAUGUCAGAGCCAGGAGAGCCUGAUAACCAGGGACACUGCUGCUCGAGAACAUCCAGUGGGGCCCUGCCUUCCCCCAUCCGCUGCCCGGGACAUCCAGGACUGGAGCCCUCCAGCAUGGCCUGCGUGUCCUUUGGGCACUGCUGACUGCUGGGCUCCCUGGCCCUAGCCCGCCACUUUCUCCACCAAUGCCAUGGUCAUGGGGAGGGUGGGGAUGGCAAGUGACUUCAUUCUUCCCCUGACAGAUGGGGAAACUGAGGCCCAGGGAGGCAAAGCCUCCCAGCCACCCUCUCCCCCGCCCCCACACAGCCGCCUCCCUCUUCCCUGGGUCAUCCUCAUUGGCAGCCCCUUUCCCUCUGCAGGCGGCUCUGGGGCUCCAUCCCACACCCUCUUCACAUGAGGCCAUGAGGCACCCACUGGACCGGGGCCAGGUCACCCUGCCCCGUCCCGCCCCCCAUCCGGGAGCUCCUGGCUGCUGCAGGUCCCAUAGAAUCCUGGACUGUGCCCAGCUGGUCCCCACUGCACAGAUGGGGAAACUGAGGCAGGGGGAAGAGGAGCACCUGGCCCCUGGCCACACCGGAAGAGAUGAGAAGGGAGGCUCAGAGAGGUUGAGAUACUGUCCAAAAUCACACAGCCAGUCAGGGAAGAGCUGGGGUGCAACCCUUGGCCUGCUGGCCCCCCCACUGCUGCGCCCCCUCCUGUCCCCCAGACCCCGCCCACUCCAGAAUCUCCUGCUCCUGCUGUGGACCCUCCUGAACUGUGGUUUGGGGGGCAACGCUCAGGGUCCGGGUGAGUGGACUCCAUGGGGUUCCUGGAGCCGCUGUUCUAGCUCUUGCGGGCGCGGGCUCUCCGUGCGCAGCCGGCAAUGCAUCCGGUUUCCCAGGGAAGAGCUGUGCUGGGGGGACACCCACGAGUACCGCCUCUGCCAGCUGCCCGAAUGUCCCCCAGGGGCCGUGCCCUUCCGAGACCUCCAAUGCGCCCUCUACAAUGGCCACCCUGUCCUGGGCACCCAGAAGACCUACCAAUGGGUGCCCUUCUAUGGUGCACCCAACCAGUGCGACCUCAACUGCCUGGCGGAGGGGCACGACUUCUAUCACAGCUUCGGCCGCGUGCUGGACGGUACCCCCUGCAGCCCGGGCACCCAGGGACUCUGCGUGGCUGGCCGCUGCCUCAGAGCCGGCUGUGACGGUUUGCUGGGUUCGGAUGCCCGCGAAGACCGCUGCGGCCGCUGCGGCGGCGCCAACGACUCGUGCCUCUUCGUGCAGCGCGUGUUCCGGGAUGCCGGUGCCUUCGCUGGGUACUGGAACGUGACCCUGAUCCCUGAGGGCGCCAGGCACAUCCGCGCCGCCCACCGCAGCCGGAACCACCUGGCGCUGAUGGGGGGCGACGGGCGCUACGUGUUCAACGGGAACUGGGCGGUCAGCCCUCCCGGGACCUACGAGGCAGCGGGCACCCACGUGGUCUACACCCGCGUCACAGGGUCAGAGGAGACGCUGCGCGCCGCCGGGCCCACCUCCGAAGACCUGCUCCUGCAGGUCCUCCUGCAGGAGCCCAACCCCGGCGUUGAGUUCGAGUUCUGGCUCCCCCGGGAGCGCUAUGGCCCCUUCCAGGCGCAGGCUCAGGCCCAGGGCUGGUCCCUGCGGCAGCCGCAGCCUCGGGAGGUAGAUCCUCAGUCCCCUGAGUCUCCCGCUGCCCCCACUGUUAUCCCCCCACGGACCCCAGGCCCCACCCCAGACCCCUGCCCACCCUGCCCUGACACCCGCGGUCGUGCCCACCGGCUGCUCCACUAUUGCGGCAGCGACUUUGUGUUCCGGGCCCGCGUGCUGGGCCGCGUCCGGCAGGCCCAGGAGACCCGAUAUGAGGUGCGCGUGCAGCUCAUCUACAAGAACCGCUCGCCACUGCGGGCCCUCGAGUAUGUGUGGGCGCCGAGCCGCUGCCCCUGCCCACCGCUGGCCCUCCAUCGGGACUACCUGCUGGCGGCCCGGCGCCUCAUCAGCCCCGAUGGCACUCAGGACUGGCUGCUGCUCCCCCAUGCUGGCUACGCCCGGCCCUGGAGCCCCGCCGAGGACAGCCGCGUGCGCCUGGCCGCCAGACGCUGCCCCCUCUGAGCCCCUGGACCAGACCUCGGCCACACACGGCUGACCAGGCUCAAAGUCAGCAUAUUUCCCCUAUUGCCAUAGCUUCCAGGGAGCUCAGAACUAUCUCCCACCUGCAGCUCUGUGACUCCCCACCACACACACUCAGACACCCCUGCACUCAGUCAGAUCCAUUGUCGGAAGCAGGCACGCACUGGUGAGGAUACACUAAAUGGACUCUUUAGCUCUGAUUUCCUCUCUCACCCUGGAAACUCAUAGUUAUUUUACUCUCAGAGACUCUGUGUCUGCUUUUAUUCCCCUUGCCUCACACUCAUUUGCUGGGAGACACUGUCACACACAAGCAUGACCCCGAUGAAGACAUGCCUAAGGAGACCUUGUAAUGUAUCCCUUUCCCCUCUUGCCCUGGCUAUCAGGAAGCUCACCACUGUUUAACCCCCGACACUCUGUCUCUCCCUUCUCAUUGCCACUUAACACACGCACCCUCACGUAUUCAGAGACACUGUUAAAAACAGGCAUGACCCCCUAGUAAACAUGCCUACCCAGGCACUGUAACGUACCAAUUUCCCCUUUUGCCCUGGCUACCAGAAAGUU